AUGCGUCGCCUGUACUUUGGAGUUUUUCAGCUAGGCACACCACCAAAGCAGUUCACGGGCUGCUUCGACACUGGCAGCUCUGACACUUGGGUGCCCUCGACAUCCUGUGUCAACCCCUCGUGCAUGACCCACAACCGCUACAGCACGACCGCUUCCAGCACAUUCAAUGCCACGACGCACCCAUUCGAGAUCACAUAUGGCACGGGCGCGGUGGCGGGCAGUGUGGCAUACGAGACGCUGACACUGGGGACGGGGGACUCGGCCAUUCAGGUGCCCCACCAGGGCUUCGGCAUGGUCUACGACUCCAGCAUGGACUUCCUCUCCGCCUCCUGCGACGGCCUCUUUGGGCUGGGUUUCCCGCAGCUGUCCAACAUGCGCACGCUGCCGGCAUUCUUCAACAUGAUGACUCAGGGCCUGCUGGACGCGCCCACAUUCUCCAUCUACCUCAACCCCGACCCGUCCGCCGAGCCGGCCGGCGAGGUCCAGUUCGGCGGCAUGAACAACGCCCGCUUCACCGGCACCGUGGCCUGGACGCCUGUCGUGGAAAAAUCGUAUUGGACCGUGUCGCUGACGGGUGCCAAGGUGAAUGGGCGGUCGGUGGUGCUGCAAGCCACGACAGCCAUCAUGGACAGCGGCACAACCGCCAUCCUAGUCAGCGCAACGGAUGCUGCAGCCAUCCACGCGGGAAUCCCAGGAGUGGCCUAUGACAGGCAGGGAGGGUACUACAGCAUCACCGGCGGCUGCGAUUCCCUGGACAGCCUGCCUGACAUCGCCUUUGUGGUGGAUGGGAAGACUUACUCCAUGCCACCGGUGCAAUGGACGCAGUCGAUGCAAGGUGCGAACGGCGGCGCGACAAACCAGUGUAUAAGUGCGAUCAUUCCAGGGGGCGACGAUCACUCAGUGAUCUUGGGGGACAACUUCAUGCGAUCGUGGUACACAGUCUACACAUACGACAUCAAGACCAGGACUGCGUAUGUGGGCUUGGCUGAGGCAGCCGCCAUGAGUCAAUGA